AUGUUUCAAAACUCAAGUGAGGACAACAACCGCCCCAUCGACCUCAUCAGGAUCGGGAGCGGCACCUUCGGUAUUGUCUACAUGAAUACGGCAACUCCCGAAGUAUACAAGAAAUGUCGCUCUGCUCACAACUGCACGAUAUUAGCAGAAGAAUAUCGCCAUACGAAGCUCAUCAGCGACGCCCUUCGAGCAUCUGGCAACACGAUCCUGUCUCCCACUCCCAUCGAAUUCUAUAGCCACGACGACGCUACAUUCUGGGACGACCCCACCUUCGUUUUUCCAUCAGGAGAUGCGCCUUCUCCAUGA